AGGAUGCACAAACUGCAUAAUAUGAACAGACGAUCUACUCAAGUGUGAUUUUACCAUUGUAACCUUAUUUGUAUACACACUUGGAAAGGGAAUUAAUACUUUUGAUCAUAGAUAGGCGCACCUCUUUCGACGCAUAUUAUCAUUCAACGUGAAAACUUGGACUCAGGAUAUUGGUACAACCUACACGUCACUGCAUAUUGUUUGAGCUUGCAUGAACUGACUGUUGAACUUUUGUACAUUUUGCCAGAAAGCUGAUAUUUGUAUACCAAUGGCUGAGAAGACUGAAGAAGAUUUAGCUCCAAGCUCUCCAGAGAACCUGACAUGUCCGCUAUGUCUUGAUAUCUUCGACGAGGCAACAAUCCUGACUUCAUGCGGGCAUACCUUCUGUCGGAAAUGUCUCGAGAACUAUGACCUGUCCCAUCAGGAUCUUGAUCACAUGAUCUGUCCUCUCUGCAGGGAGGUCACCAAGUUGUCUGCGAACCGUGUCAAAGAUUUCCUCACCAAUGUGACUGUCAACGCACUGGUAGACGAUUACCACGCCAAGAGUGGAGGGAUGAACGCUGUCCUUGAGAUGCAUCAAAAAUGCACUGCUUGCAAGCGUGAAGAAGAGGCUGUAUCAUUCUGCAAAUCCUGCAACAGCUACUUUUGUGGACACUGUCUGACGAGUCAUCAGAAUUUGUCUGUAAUGUUUGAGGCCCAUGAGAUUGUAUCCGUACAGGAUAUCAUCAACGGGAAGGUCAGCAUUGGUCAUCUAUCCGAGAAGUGCUACAUCCACAAACAAGAGAACAAAGAUAUGUUUUGUGAGGAUUGUAAGGUCCACGUCUGUCUCAAGUGCGUGAUCGUCGGUCAUCAAUUUCACAAAAUCAAGAAUCAGGCUGACUUUGAGCAGGAGUUACGGCUUAAGGUGAGCGACCUUGUCCAGCGAUGUGCCGCUAAGAAGACAGAACUGGAGAAGAACAUUCAGAAUGUGGAAGUACAACGCCGUGAAGUAUACACUGCCGUGCAGAAACUACUGGACGAUAUCAGUCAAGCCUACAGCAUCAAGGUUAAAGAGCUUGAAGAAAAUCAUCGACAUCUCACCGAGCAACUCAUUGCAGUAAAACAGAGUUUCGAGGACGACCUCAACGUCUUGAAAUCCAAGGAUCGACAGAGCAUCAAGAGUAUUUGUAGUUCAAUGACACUGGUAGCUAAUGACAGACUGGGUCGUCUUGAGACAGACAGUCUGUCUGCUCAUACCUUGCUCUGUGAGGAGCUGGAUGCCAUGCUGAAGGAAGCUACUGAUCACACUUCUGCGGCAGCCAUUACGAAGAAAGCACAGGAGAAGAGGUUCAAUCCUGCAGAUGAUAGUCGUCUUGACCUCGGGAGCAUCUCAGAAUCAGAUCCCAAGGUUCAAGUCAUUCAGUGUGUAGAUCUUCGGGGAGGGAUGUCGGGUAUGACCCCAUACUCUGAUGAUAGUGUGGCUAUCGGAUAUUUGAAUGAACAUGGUAUAGAUAUCAUUGAUUUAACUGGUAAACAGGAGCAGUAUGCAAACAUACCAAGUAACAUGGAGUGUUAUGAUCUUGUGUUUCUACAAGACAGGUCGUUAUGUAUAUCGAUGCGAAGCAAAGCAGACAUAUAUUCACCUAAUGGCUCCAGGAAAUCAACCGUCCACGUGCAAAGCAAUGGCUGGCUCAGACUAAACAGAAGUCCAUCAGAUGAAAUCUUUUUCGCGGCUACAAAUGAAAAGAAAGUCUAUAUUUAUGACCCGACUGGAUCUAUUCUGAAACACACUGUUCCAACAAAACACAACUAUACGAGGCAGGUAUCUGCUACCAGGUCGGGUUUGGUCGUCACGAGUUCAGGUUCUAGGACAAAUCCAGGCGUGGUGACGGUCUAUGACAGGUAUGGGAAUGCUGGUAAGCCUCUACGGGCUCCAAACGGUGUCCUCCUGUAUGCUGCCGUGGAUGAACAGGACGGGGUGUAUAUAGCGAGUGUUGAUAGCAAGAAUGGUAAUGUGGUGAUACGGCUCUAUGACCUUGAUGGUCUGAACCUGAAGGAAAGAGUUGAGUUCAAUGUACUUAACCUGACGCGUGGAGAUACUUGGUGUUACUUGGUUUCCCUCUGUCCAAACAUGCUCGCCUUUGCUCGUAACAAAACGUUGUAUUUUAUCAAAUUAUUACUGUAAUCAUCUGUAUUUCACACUCUGUUCACCCUUAUUUGUAGUGUGUAUAAUUACCUCCCUGCUCCAGAUCUACUCUAAUAAUGGGCCUAUGUUUCAUGUUAUGUUGUUUAUUAUAUGAUAAAUAAUCAAAUGAGAAGAUUCCCAUUCUCUAGAUACAUUUUAAUUGCCUGAAUACAGUUGUCAUUAUACUGUAGAAUAAUGCCUUCCCUCUCUCGAAGUAAUAUGUAAAUGCAGUACGUUAAAUAUACAUCUAUUUCUUGCUUUGUGUAAGCGUAUCUCUUAGAUAGUUACAGAAGUCAGUGAUGAUAUCACAUCAUAAUUUAUAAAUUCAAAAUUGAUAAGCACAUUGAUUAUCUUCUUGUUAGUGUUAUUUUCCUUAUGUUGUUAUUCUCAAAGUAUUACAACAAUUAUUUUGUUUGUGCCUAUAUUUGUGAUUUAUAUUGUGCAUAUUGGGUACCUUUAGAUGACGAAAUAAUUGAUGCUCACUUUGUAAAUGGGACCCCAUUGUAAAGACGCU